CCCAUCAACAACAACAUUACCCUCCAGUCCAACGAUCGUCGUCGCCCCUUGAUAUUUUUGUUUUGUUUUGUUUUUGGUUAAAUGUUCUUCAUUCAACAACAAUAACAACAUUUCCAUUCGAAUUGCCUUGACACUAACGCAGUCAUGGAGAGGACAAAACCUUCACGGAAACUGCUCUUAACAUAACGAAGGGAUUAAACAAGUGUAAUUGAGGUGCUUCAUUUAGAUAUAAUUUUGGCAUGAGUGAUACCUUGUACUAUGGUAAGGCCUGCAUAUAAAUUGCAUAUUCAGUAGUUUAACAUAACUAAUUUAAGUUGGAAAAUAGUGUUUUAACCCCAAACUCCUGUAGUCUGAAGUUACUUUAGUGGCGUCGAUGAGUGCAAGAUGGAAUUGGCUUGUCAAAGGUCACUCCAUUUGUGCUGAUAAUGUUUUCAAGCUGGAAUAAAUUCAGUGCCGAACAUUAUCUAUGGAAGAGAGAAGAGCUGAAGGAGGACUCUAAAGCUGCCUCAUUGUAGGAAAUAAAGCAGGAGGCAUCUGAUGUCCUUCAGCAUACCCUGAGAGUUGAUGAGAACUCAGAUCACCAAGAUGUUAAGGAUAAGCAAGGAUAAAUAAAUAAAAACUUACUACUUCAUUACAUCAUUUAUUUUUAUUUAUUAUAUUUUAUGAUGGACUAAGAUUUCUUUUUAUUUUACUGGAGGAUUGUCUUUUAAUAUUUUUAUAAUUGUAAUACUGUAUAUUUUUAGCUAUGUUAAAUAUAAAUAUUUAUACUAAUAUAUUAUAGUGGUCAUUAAUAUGUUUAUAGAUGCGGUACUUUGUUAAAGUAAUUUUCUUUUGUUAUUAAAAUAAUUCAGUAGCUCUAUAUUUAAGUUUACUUUUUCACAUGUAAACUCUGCUUUGUUUUGAUGCCAUGGGUUGCACGCAGUUCUCCUAUAUAACAUGUAUUCUGUGCACAAAGAAUUGUUCAUUUCAUUUGUAGUGGAACAAUUUUACGAAGCAUUUGGUGUACAGUAUGUAAAUUCAUUUACAAAUUUGUGUGUUAAAUUUUUAUAAAUACAAAGGAAUAUAUUUUUUUACAAAUAAUAAAUAAAUUUUGUAAAUAGAAAAAUAUAGUAUCUCGAGUGUAAAAUGAGUGGUGGUAAGGGUACUCGCCUUGCUCGCAAGAGAAAAGUUGAUGCUGAGCUGCAGUCUACCUCUGGCUCUUCGUUACAUGAUAUCACUGAUGAUUUUGAAGAUAGUGCCAAAGUCUUCAGGCUACCUUCCCAAGCGCACAAAAAACCCAAGACAGAACAAGCCUGUGUUCCUGCCAGGUCUCGUGGUAGGCCCAGGAAAAUUGGUAGUAGGAGUGCAGCACAUAGCGAUGGACCUGCAUGUAAAGAAACAGAAAGGCCAGAAGUACUCGAUGUAGAUAGUGAUGCAUUUGUGGAACAUCAAGAGAGUCAACUUUUAGACUUCCAAGAAGAAAUGACUGAAGAUAAUAAUUUUAUCUUGGAAUUAGAAAAAUCUAUAUGUUCUGAAUCAGAAAAAUUGUGCCCUUGUUGCAAGCACAUUGUUCCAUGUACUGUAUUCUCCGAUCACUCUAAAGAAUGUUUACAGAGAUUCAAGCUAAAUAAAAGAGAAAGUGAGAGAAAAUCUAUAAAUAUAGCUGGACAAAAACCCCAAGAGAAGACAAAUGGAGAAUCAGCGAGUGAAAUCAACCAACAACUGCUUCCUUGCCCUGUGUGCCUCAAGUCUCAAAAAUCCAAGGUUCAGCAUCAGUCUCACAUUAAGAGCUGUGCCCAAAGUCAUGGUUUAACCAUGGAACAGCUAUUGCUGGCAUCAAAACUGACUGAGAAACAGGCUGAAGAGAGGAUCCAGUUAGGACUUCCUCUCCUGGUGCAGCAAACAAGUAGCAGUAGUGAUAGAUAUACAGAGAAGAGAAGCAAGGUAAGCAUUGUAAAAAGAAAUAAUAAAGAAUCGGUGAAAAUAAGCCAUAAAGACCAUGAUUUGGCAAUGGCUUUGGCUCUUUCACGUUCAGCUGCUGAAGAAGAAGCUGAAAUGAGAUCUUCCAGGGAAGAGAAAUUGCUAGCAAUGGGUUUGGAGCAGAUUGUGGAUGAAGACAGAAAGAUGCAGCCCCUAAUAUUUCCUUUUCCAGAAACAGGUAACCAAAGAGCCAUCGCAUCUCAGACAAGAAACAGAGGACGAAAGCGUCAAGGAAAUUUUAGCAAAACACUUCUAGCUACCCGUUCUGUUGAGGAAAGGGAAAGACUUAUUAGUGAAAAAGUUGCAUCUAUUUUAACUUCUGAGGAUACGCCAAGAGUCAGCUGGCAAAACGAAGGAAAUUCUGGUGCAAAAGGCCAUCUUUCAAAGUUUAGGAAUGAGGCUUGCAAGUUAUGGAAAACUGCUCAUAAAUGUGCAGACCAACCUCUUGAAGACUUCUAUGUUCCUGAGCUUGAGCCAUAUAUUAAACCACAAAGCAUUGCUGUCGGAGGACUUUUAAGAAGACUAUCACAGAUCCCUGGACGCUUAAACCUGACUUCUCUACAAUCCAUAAGUGAUGAGAAUUCUGACUCAGGAUCUGACUGUGGAGAAACAUGUGUAGUUGAUGGCUACUGCACACAGUUGGCCCUUGCUGAGCUCUUGGGUUCUCAAGAUUGUCUUAACCUCACCCGAGAUUCUCUCUUCUUAAAAGAAGACGCAGUUGCUCCUCAAACUCUGGAGUCAUUGCCAGAUCCAAAUGUAACCUUAGAACCUGCCAGUGGCUUUUGGGUUGUUCGUACAACAGAAAGUUUAGGAAGUGGCGAAACUGCACUAAAGUGUAAUGAAGAUUCAAGUCAGAUUUCUAGUGAGAAUCAUGAAGAUAACCAUUACUGUAAUUUUGCUGUAGGAAGUAUUACUAGUGGAGAUGGUGGCAAGACUACUGAAAAAUUAGUAUUAGAUCGAAAUAACGACAAUAUAAGUGAGACAAGUGAUAAAAGUAGUGAGAGUAAUGAUGAGUCUUCACCUGUUAAGGCUGCUCAGCUGCGAUGCUUAGUGACAAAAAAUGUUACAAGUGUUGGUAGGAAAACUGAGAGAAAGUUGAGGAAUUCUUCAGAAAGAACCACAGUGUAUAAGGAAGAUACGAAGUGUGAUGAACUUAACCACUUGAGUACUGAUGGUAUCGAUGGAGGUUUAGUUGAUAAUGUAUCUGUAGACAAUAACUGUCGGGAAGAUCAUUUUGAAAGUGAUGCUGGACAUUGUGAGAAAACUCUACAGUUUAAAAAUAAUCAGCAUAUCAGCACUUGUAAUCCUGAUUGUGAAGUGAUAGCUGUUUUAAAUAAUAGUUCUGAACACACAGUAAUUGCUCCAGUAGAGAGCCAUCCUGCUACCUGUUCAAAAUUACCAUCUGCAUGUAGUGGAAGUGAAGUUCAAUAUUCCUGUAGCUUGCAGCAGGCAGUAACCAACAGAGAAGAAACCUUGGUUCUUAGCACUCUUGAUGAAAACAGUAAGUUUUCUGAAAGUUCAGGUGGUUCAGAAGCAACUCGCAUAUUUUUGGAGGAUGAUUAUCAAAAUUCUUUCUGUAAUAGUUCACAAAAACUACUCAAUGUUGAAACUUUUGCCGUCACUGAUGACUCGGAGGGAAGAGAGACUAACAAAUGUUACGCACUAAGAGAAAGGAUUAAUGGUGAUGGUGUGAAAGAUGUAGACUCAACACGGGAGGAAAUCCCAGAUGAAAGUGAAAAGUCUCGGUGUUUGCAAGAGAAGUUCAUUUAUGAUUGGAGCAACUUUUUCUCUAAUGAAAAGAAAAGUGAUGUCACAGUGACAGUAUUAGAUGGUAGUGUUAUCUUAGCUCACUCUCUGGUGUUUUUUGUAAGAUGCUCACUGCUCUAUAAUGAAGUGAUAGAUGGAGGGAUGGACAUACUCUGGGAUGAGGCUACAUAUGAAGGAGCAACGAGAUUUUUAGUAUACAUAUAUACCGGUACCUGUAAUAUAGAGAGAAAAAGUGAUCCACUAUGGGUGGAGGUCUAUGAAUUGGCUCUUAAGUACAAGUGUGAGGAGUUGGUAUCAUAUCUAAAAUCUCUUGACAUAACUGACAUUACUUCAGUCAAUGCUAAAUCAUCAAUACAAACAUCCAGAAUCUGUGAGAGAGUGAGUGCUGCAUCAGAUUCAGAUUCUUACAUUCUCAAACCUCCAAUAAGAUCAUCCUUGCAAGAAACUAAUGAACAAAGUGGUAGAAGAGUUAGGCAAAAUCUUAAUUUGUAUUCUUUUGACACACACACUGUUUUACCUAAAAGUCCUAAAAGCAGUAUAUCACAAGCAGACAGUGAUAAACUGAAAGAGUUCUCAGAAAAUAGUACUUCGGUAUCAGAAGGCAUCCAGAUCAUGGAGUCUCAGUCGCCCGACAUAUUUGAUGAACCAGUUCUGGCUAAAGAUGUUAGUUUCAUCUCUACUCCAUCUAAUUCCCCUCCAGCAUCAGUCAGUGUUGACAAAUCACCAUUGUAUGAUGGUACUCAUGCAAUUCAUUCAGAACCUGUUUUGAUAUCCAAGAAAACUUGCAGGAAUGCUGACUCGAGUCAGAAUUUUGGAUCGACGGUGCAUGUUACUGAAAGUAAUGUGACAAAUUUAGUGGGGGACCAGGCUCUCGUUUAUACACCGAUUUAUGAAAAGGUAAAGACUGCAUAUAAUGUAAACCCCACUGAACAAAAACGAGCCAGUAGUGUUUGUGGUCAAGCUAGUUGCCCGUCAAGUGGGAAGAAUAAUAUGGAUUGUGAAGGAUCUUCAACGCUGUUGAAAGUAAGUGAUGAAAACAAACUUACCGACUGUCCAGAUGCAGGAGACGAUUUGAUUGAUCUAACUCUCACCAGCUGUGAGAACUCUCCUGCAAGUUGCACUAACAAUGAUAUGCCAAGUUUACCUGGUGAUAAAAAUAAUGCUUUGGAUUUGGAUCUUUUAGAAGAAAUGGAACCCUUGAAGCUGUGGGGUGAUUCAGAUAGUCCUGAAACAGAUGAAGAUGCAUGCCAAGAAGAACCAGCUAGGGCAUUUAAUCAUGAUGGCUCAGGAGCUGGAAACCUACCUGAAAAUAAUAGACUAGGACAGGAAAAAGAGGAUGUAAAUGAGACAUAUAUCAAUAAUGUUUGGGAGGAUUUUGAUGAUGUAGAGAAUGAUAUGUCAGUUCCAGUAGAUGUGUGUCAAACACCUGUGAAAAACACACUUAGAUCUGAUUCUAGUGCUGAUCCAGUUCAUGUUGUUUUACCAGUAUCAAGACCUUAUCCUAGUAAAAAGAGGAAAAGACUUUCCAUCAGUACAGAAUCUGACACCGAGACCAUUUCUCAGUGUGAGCCAAUGGCUUCUGGAUUAUUAUAUAAAUCUUCUGGUAAAGAAGCCACGGCAAGAAAAUAUUCAGGGCGGGUUCACUCUGUAUCCAUCACUAAAAAUAUAGAUACAGUAUCAGACGCCACUACAAAAUCUAAGGAAGCCAAUGCAAUGGCAUUAAAUUUGUCUAUUAGUGAUGAAACUAUGCUUAAAAUAUCAGAUCUUGAUUGUGAAGAAGUUGAAAGUGUCAAAGGUUGCAAACGCUUGUCUGCAAAAUUAAAUGAAUCUGAAAAUUUUCAUGUUCCUCUUGCUGAUCUAAUGACUCCUCAACCAAAACAAACUUCAAAAAAACAAAUUGUGACACCCUUUCCUGAUUAUAAGAAUAUGUCAUCACCAGAUCUUAAGAAAGAAUUGGCAAAGUAUGGGUUGCGAGCUUUGGCUCGCCGAAAGGCUGUAGUACUCCUGGAUCAUGUAUAUGAGCAGACACAUCCCCUUGUCACCGACAGUGAGGCUGAGAGCAGUUUUUGUGAAACUCCUAAAGGGAAAACGUUUGCAAUUGAUAACUCAAAUAUAAAGGCUACCACCACAGAACAUGAAAAUGUGAAAAAGAAUAAACACUUGGCAAAUGCAGCAAAAGGCAAAGAAGUUACCAAGAAGAUACCUGCCAAAAGAAAGAAAGAGAAAGUGCUCAGUGCAAGUGAUGUAGAAGUGAGUGAUGAGGAAGAGAGUAGCCAGUGUAAUUCAUCUCAAAUGUCAGGCACAAGCUGCAGCACUGAUGAUUCUAAGUACGAUUGCAUAGAGGAGUCAGAGCUGUUUGGGAUUAGCGACGAUGACAUUACUCCAACUCAGCAAGCUGAUAUUGGUAGUAAAGUAGUGCAGUUCAUCAGCAGUGAUCAUGAACUACACAGCAAAGUCUUGUUGUAUGAACCCAUCUUUGUUGAGGAAUUACAAGCAUCCUUAAAGGCCAAUGGUAUUAAAUGCAGCGUGAAGAAUCUGCUGGAUGUGUUAGAUGACCAGUGUAUAACAUUCCGUACACAAAACCAGAGAAACCAAAGGCGAAAGCAGAAAAAGCAAGGGGAAAAGCAAAGAAGAUCUAACAAAAGGAGAAAAAGGCACUCAAGUGCAUCACACUGAAAAAUCUUAGCCUAUUGUAAUACAUGUUAUUUUGUAAAGAGAAACUAAUUACUAAAGGUAAAUUCUUGAUUUUGUACUGCAAUUCAAAAUAAAAUGAUUGAUUACUCAAA